AUGACAUGCAUGUGGAUGGCAACAAGUCUCCUGGUUUGGGGCCUUGUUGAAACGCCUAGUUUCUUACAUGCCCUUGCUGUCGGAGCCUGCGUCACGCCAACCGAUCCUGUCCUAUCCGCCGUCAUCGUCAAGGGCAAGUUUGCGGAUCACAACAUCCCCAAGGACUUGCAGGAUCUGAUUGUUGCCGAGUCCGGAGCCAACGACGGUCUGGGUUACCCGUUCUUAUUUUUUGCCCUCUACUUAAUCAAGCUUAUGGUUCGCGUUUACGUGGGGAUACACCAUUAUCCUGAGCAUCAUUUACGGCGCGGUCGUGGGCUGAUUGCCAAAGAACUGCUCCACUUUGCUGAAGAUCGCAACUACGUGGACCGUGAAAGUUUCCUCGUGUUUGCUAUUGCUUUGGCUUUAUUUGUUCUGGGGACAUGUGGCAUGAUUGGCACUGACGACGUGUUGGCAUGCUUCAUCGCAGGAAACACAUUCACUUGGGACGACUGGUUCCGCCUCCAAACAAAGGACGACUCUCUACAGCCCACGGUCGAUAUGCUCCUUAAUGUGAGCAUCUUUCUAUGGUACGGCGCCUACCUCCCCUGGGAGACAUUUGCCAACAAUCCCAUCGUCCCUUUGAGUAGGUUGGUUCCCUUGGGUCUGUUAGUGCUUAUUUUACGACGUCUUCCAUGGGUUUUUGGUAUGCAUGCAUGGAUUCCUCAGAUUCGCCAAAUUCGACAGGCCAUCUUUGUAGGCUUCUUCGGUCCGAUUGGAGUGUCGGCAAUUUUCUACCUCUUUAUUAGUAUUGAGUUUAUUGAGGAGCAUAUGAGCGACGAGAAUGGCGUCCCUAGAGAAGAUGUCAAGGAUCUUGCAGAGACCAUUAGAAUCGUUGUUUGGUUCCUUGCUGUAUGCAGCAUUGUGGUUCAUGGCUUGAGUAUUCCACUUGGAAGACUCGGUUAUCUAGCACCCAGGAUUCAUCGCGUUCUCAGCGAGAAUUUCAGUGAGACAUUCAGCAACCAAAAUUCCAUCGAAAAUGGCAGGAAAGUUCCCAUGAUAGGAAGAUUAUUCUCACCUGCCCCUCAAGAUCCCGAAGCGAACCUUGCAGCCCGUGUUCGCCAGGGUUCUGCUCCAAUCACCCGAACUGGACGAGGAGCUUUGCCCUCUAGGAUCACAGAGCGGUACCAAGCGUCUCGAGGUAAUAACACUUGGGGCUCAGACGGGGAUGAGGCCUCUGAAAGUGCCGAUGCUCGGGCGGGUGCUGAGGACAAAGCCGGAGGACUGUGGACUUGGACGCCUGCGAGAAGUGCGAGGAGAGAGAUAUUAUUCCUUGACGAGGUGACAAGGGGUACCGAUCCAAGAGAUAGAGGUCCGCCGCCCAAUUCGCCUCCCAAAGGGGUGGAUUAG